AUGCCUGUCGAGGUUCCUUUCGAAUCGCCGCUGGCGGCCGCCAUCAACACGGCAAUCCAACCGAAGCUGCAAGAAGUAGGAUGGGCAAGCGAGUCGGAUGCCUCGUCGCUGGCUGAGCUGAUUGUGCUCAUGCUGGCCAACGGCAAGUCGGAAGAAGAAAUCGCCACCGAGAUGGCAGGCGACAUGCUGCAUCUAGAGCCUGGCGAUUCCACGGCGCGCGAAUUCUCCAAGUGGCUCUUUCACCAGAUUGAUGAGCUGAAUGCGCAGCUGAAUGGCGUACCUCUGCCCGCCGAGGGCGAUGUCGACAUGGAUACUGAUUCAUUGAAUGCCCCCACCGGCCCCCGCGCUAUGCGAAACGGACAGGGCAACGGCCAGAGCAACGGACAGCGCGGCGGCAGAGGCGGUCGCAUGCUCGGCAACGUUACCAGAGCGAUGGACCGCACCGACCCCCUCCACCGAGUUCGUCAAAACGGCAACGAAAGAAUCAACACGCACAACCGCCAGGGGCAGCGUGGCCGCGGUGGUCGCAUGAACCCGCGAAACCUUCAAGCUGGUCUUGCCGCCGGCCCACAACAGUGGAUGAUGGGCCAAAACGGACAGCAGGCAAGCCCAGCUGACCUGUUCGCCAUGCUCGAGCAACAGAAUCAAAUGAUGUUCCAAAUGUCACAAAUGAUGGGUGGUGCGCCGCCCAAUGUAGGCGGUCACCCCCGCGGGCGGGGUGGCAAGUCGCUGUUCGACCGGGUUCAGGACCCGAACCGCAGACAACGCAAGCCGCAAAACGGCCACCAGGAGAAUGCUGGCGGCGAGAACACCGAGGGUGGCGAAGACAUGGACAUGUCCGGCCGCGAGGCUCCAAACCCCGAGGACACAAUCUGCAAAUACAACCUGCGUUGCACAAACAAGGAAUGCAAGUUUGCGCAUCAGUCGCCAGCGGCGCCACCCGGUGCGGCUGUUGAUGUCAACGACCCGUGCUCCUUUGGUGCUGCAUGCAAGAACCGCAAGUGUGUCGGCCGCCACCCUUCCCCCGCGACUAAGCUGGCACACCAGAGCGAACAAGACUGCAAGUUCUACCCUAACUGCCAGAAUGCGCAUUGCCCUUUCAAGCACCCAUCGAUGCCGCUGUGCCGCAACGGCGCGGGCUGCACCACCGACGGCUGCAAGUUCACGCAUGUCAAGAUCAAAUGCAAGUUCAAUCCUUGUCUGAACCCGCAGUGUGCCUUUUCCCACGAAGAGGGCCAGCAAGGCGGCUUUAAGGACAAGGUGUGGAAGGCGGGAGGCGAGCAUGUCAGCGACCGGAAAUUUGUUGAGGGUGAUGACCAGGAAGAACUGGUGAAACCAGACGAUGAGAUGAAGAAUGAUACCAACCAGGCAAUUGAGGCGCAGGCACAGGAGGAGGAUGUGAUUGGGUAA